UUCUCUAACCAGAUUUCCUGUCCUGUCACACGUAUUUACAACUAAACUAUACGUAUUCUUUAUCCCCAUUCCAUUGACUUCAUUACUUCACUUGCAAGUUUAAGUACCUAUAUAAUCUUCAUUUUUUCUGAAUUCUUCCUCUUUCACUUUUUAUCUUUCUUGAAACUCGCAUAAAUAAGGUUACCCUUUACAAUUUGAAGGUUUUUUUUUUUAAUCUAAAAUCAAGAAAACCCCAUCAAGAAUCUCAUUUUAUUCCAUUUGUUUCAGUAUUUCACAGAUUCUUGAAAAUUGGAAGAAUUUACUUCAUACCCAAGAAUGACAAUUUUGAGAAUUUUCAUUUUCUUGGUGUUGUUUAGUUUCGCCAUUGGAAAUGAAAAUCUCAACUCCCAUGUGUUUCCUAGGCCAUUAAUUAUCGAGUAUCCUGAAAAUAAUGAACCCCAAUUGAAGGAAUAUGAUGAACUACUUCAGUUGAAGUGUACAAGUUGGAGGUUUGCUGUUGAAGCUAAUAAUUUAAGUCCAUGGAAGACUAUUCCAGAGGAAUGUGCUGAUUAUGUGAGGCAAUAUAUUGUGGGUCCGGGUUAUAAGAUGGAUAUUGAUAGAGUUUCAAAUGAGGCUGGAGAAUAUGCUAAAAGUGUGAAUUUGGGAGAAGAUGGCAAAGAUGUGUGGGUUUUUGAUGUAGAUGAGACUUUGCUUUCUCAUCUUCCUUAUUAUUCUGAUCAUGGUUAUGGAUUGGAGGUUUUUGAUAGCGUGGAAUUUGAUAAAUGGGUUGAGAAGGGAACGGCGCCAGCCUUAGGGUCCAGUUUGAAGCUUUAUCAAGAAGUUCUGAGUCUGGGAUUCAAAGUUUUCUUGCUGACUGGUCGCAGCGAAAGACACAGAAAUAUUACGGUGGAGAAUUUGAUGAAUGCUGGAUUCCAUGAUUGGCACAAGCUCAUUCUGAGGGGCUCAGAUGACCAUGGUAAGACAGCAACAACCUUUAAAUCAGAGAGAAGAAAUGAGAUGGUAGAAGAGGGGUUUCGAAUAACGGGCAAUUCUGGAGACCAGUGGAGUGAUCUGCUAGGUUCCUCUAUGUCUAAUCGCUCAUUCAAGCUUCCAAAUCCCAUCUACUACAUCCCCUAAAGUAAAUAUUGUAUCUAACUAGUAGGCUGGUGCAACAUGCCAAUGAUUUUUUUACUGGCUAAUGGCUAUCUUAUAAAUAACGGAAAUGUGAUUCUUGUGAUCCGUUGAACUGGAUUAUUGAUGAUUCAAUUAAUGUAGACAAUUGUGCAUAACCACCAUUUCCAUCUC